GCUGGGGCGGGAAACCUGGAGAUUAUUGUGUCAGUGAAUGGGCGAAAUGUCCCAAACUACGUGCAGUCUGAAGGCCACGCAAGGUUCAGAGUCAACUUCAAGCCCAAAGAAGCCGCCGUCCAUACGCUUUCCGUCAAGUUCAAUGGCGAGCCGGUUCCAGGCUCGCCGUUCAAGUGCCGAGUGAGCGACAGCAGCCAGGUAGUCAUUUCGGGCGCAGGACUCAAGAUGUCGUCCCUCGCGCGCACCGCCGUGUUCACCAUCGAUCCUCGCAGCGCAGAAGUCACCGACUGCAUUGUUCAAGUAACAUCUCCCUCAGGCUCUCGGAUACCAGUGAAGAUUACAGGUGAGCUUCCCAACAAGGUGACUGCAGAGUUUCAACCGAGCGAGGUCGGUCCCCAUACCAUCAACGUCCUUAUGGACGGUGAGAGCGUCGGCGGCUCGCCAUUUACCUGUAAUAUAUACGAUGUUACUAAAGUCCAGGUUACUGGCCUUGACCACACCAAGGUGAAUCGCCCUGUGACCUUCACAGUGGACGCGUCUCAGGCGGGCGAAGGCACCCUGGAGCUCGUAGUGACCACCGCCAAGGCCUCCGUCAGGGCGGAAGUCGCGGCGAGGUCCCGAGGCUUGUACGAUGUCACCUUCACGCCGCACGAGCCCAUUCCGCACUUCGUGAACAUCACAUUCAACGAGGAAGACGUCCUAGGUGCCAGGUUCGCCCAUGAUCUUAGAUGUUGGUGAGUCAGGACUAGCGACUGUAAAAGGGUCAGGCUUAGAUGGCGGAGCAGUGGACACUCCUCUCUCUUUCUCGGUGGAUGGGCGUGGAUUGUUGGGUGAACCUCAUGUUACUGUUGAUGGCCCUGAUAGUGUGGCAAGGGUCAGUGUCCGGAAACAAGAAGAAGGACUUUACCAGGUGACAUAUGUCCCUCAUGAGGUCGGCCUCUUUGAUAUUCGGGUACAGUGGAACAAGCGUGACGUGGCAGGAAGCCCCUUCCAUCCCAAAAUCGUCAACCCCGCACGAGUGCGUCUGAUUGGUGGGUGGUCAAGCCUUCAGGACAGUGAGGGGCGGCUUGAGUUAACUCCACGUGAGGAAAAACGCCUGGCCUUUGAUGUUAGCGAGGCUGGACCAGGGAAACUGCGAUCUGAAGUUACUUACGAGGGUAGAAAUAUUGACUGCAAUAUAGACCAAAAUGGAUCACGUUCACGCCUGGUGUUCACUCCUCCUGGUGAAGGGUCAUAUGAGAUACGCUUGUGGUAUGCUGAUCUUCCUUUGCCUGACAUGCCUGUAUUUGGGUGGGCCGAGCCAGCAUCCACUGGAGACCAUACUCGGGUGACACUUCAAGGACAUGGACUCACAACUGCCCGUUGUGGAGACCAGUCCGAGUUUAUCAUUGAUGGCUCCGCAGCUGGACCUGGAGCUCCAGAUGUUACAAUGAGCGGUACAAAGGCUGAUAUCUCUAUUUCCCUUUCACAUCAAGGAGGAGGUAUCUGGAGAGCAAUUUACACACCUAUGGUUCCUGGUGCUUAUCUCCUAAAUGUCAUGUGGUCAGAUCGCCAGGUAAGAGGCUGCCCUCUGAAAGUCAAUGUGGAAAGAGUGGCAGAUGCCUCAAGAGUAAUUUGCUCCGGAGAGGGCCUUAGGCAUGGCAUGGUUGGGAACGACAUCAAGUCAUUCAUAGACACAAGACGGGCGGGACCUGGUGAGCUCACUGUCACCUGCAGCGGUCCUACCAAGGUUGCUUUGUGUGACUUGGAUGACCAUAGUGAUGGUACCUUUACACUAAACAUUAGGCCACAGGAGUCCGGCCGCCAUGCUCUGAACGUGAAAUAUGAGGGAGACCAUGUUCCUGGGUCCCCCUAUACGCUCAAGGUUGCUGGAGCCCCUGAUCCAUCUAAGGUGCGCGUGUAUGGACCGGGGAUUGAGCACGGCGUGUUGGCCUCUUACCAGAGUCGCUUUAUUUGUGACACCCGCGGUGCUGGAGCUGGGCAGCUCACUGUUAGGAUCAGAGGACCUAAAGGUGCUUUUCGUGUGGAGAUGCAGCGUGAGUCACAGAAAGACCGAACUAUUUUGUGCAAGUACGACCCAACUGAGCCUGGUGACUACCGCAUGGAGGUCAAAUGGUCUGGUGAACAUGUCCCUGGAAGCCCAUUUGUUGUUAUGAUCUUCGAUACGCAGGAUGAGCUGAACAGAUACAUGGCUGGUGGAUACUCGCCAUCUGGAAUGGGUAGAGCUCCUAGCGAGUACUAUGGUAGUAUUGGAUAUGGAACAACUUAUGGCGCUGUCAGCUUCGGUCAGAUGUCAUGGCGAGGCUCGCAGGCACAGCUGUGAGGCAGGCCAGGGUCCCCACUUGGCGUCCCCCAUAACCCCCAUGGCGCUUCCUUCACCUGCUUUAAUCCUGAGUCCUCUCCUCCACCUGCAUCCUCCCAUGUCUUGACCAGCGCCCAUGAUCACUCCUACUCUACACCUCGGCAGGUUAAGGCCAUGGCCAAGGUCCGCCGUAGAAGCAGAAACAUGUUUGAGCCCAUGUGUUGCAAGGCUCCCAUAGGACUUCCAACAGGUUACUUAUCACCCAGGCCUUGGUCUCCAGGUUCUCGUCCAAGGGUUUUCACUUCAGCUCCCAAUCUCUCCUCCUCGAAGAAGAGAUUAUCACCCUGGCAUUUGACUCCCACAAAAGGCUCUGUGUAUUUCGAUGUCCGUCUCGACCAACUGAGCUAGCACUAAGACAACUUAAAUGGCAAUAGGAAAAGCCUCUGCAGAACUGAUGUUUAGUUCCUCAGUAGAGGUACAAUGGACGUGAUCUGCUUGGUUGUGUUGUUUAUAAAAAACCUGAAAACUGAGGUUCCACUAGAGAGAUGUUGGCUCCCAUCCGGCAAGGCGAGAAGUAGGGUCCUGGACAGUUCUGUGCAUAUUUAUGGGAAAUAAACUCUGGGUGACAACAGUGGGGCCUCCCCUAGCCUUUGUUACCAGUACUGUUAUGAGAUGCACACUACUCAUUCAUUCAUGAAAUUUUGUUGAUUUAUUUUAUUUUCUCAUAUCCCCAUGAAUCAUGUAUGAUCAAAACUAUUCCAUACAUUUUUAUUUGCUUGUAUAUGUAUUUUCUUCCUUAGCAUGAAAUUCUAAUGCAAAUUGUUAUUUUUCCCCAGUUGUUGAAAGUAAGACAUUUCAGUUGUCAUGAUGUCACACAGCUCGAAUAGGUUAGGAAUGGAUCAUAGGUCACUAUAGAUUAUGCUGUUGUCAUAUUAAUGUACUUUAUAGAAAUAUAACGAACUCAUUUUUAAUUAUUUGUAAAUGAUUUAUUAAUAAAUUAUACUAAUGAAAUUGA